ACGGCAUCAUAGCACAGAUUAACUCACAGCAACACCACAUUCAAUAAUCAUCUACCAGCUUCAUCUGUAUAUCCUGAAGAAGCUCCAUAUAUAAAGAAACACCUCUCCACCUCCCAAAAACUAAAGAGAAAAGAAAGAAAUGGACACUGUGAACAGAUUAGUGGAAGAGAAGGCACUAGUAAUCUUCAGCCGGAGUUCUUGCUGCAUUAGCCACUCGGUAAUGCAACUCAUAAGCAGUUAUGGAGCCAAUGCAACAGUCUACGAGCUAGAUGACAUGUCGAAUGGUCAAGAAGUAGAUAAAGCCCUUCAAAGACUUGGGCUUAGGCCGAGUGUUCCGGCUGUUUUUAUAGGCCAAAAGUUAAUUGGUAGUGCUAAAGAGAUUAUUAGCCUACAGGUCCAAGGAAAACUUAUGCCAAUGCUUAAGGAGGCGGGAGCUAUAUGGCUUUAGUUUAUAAGCAACUUAUGAUAUUCAGAUUUUGUAAUUAAAAAUGAAGUAUCAUUUCCACUAAACUGGUGUGAAAACCCCCCUCUAUGAUCUGUCAUGAU